AGCGGGCAUAUCAACUGUUAAUUUAUAUAAAUUCACUAUAAUUUAAACGAAGUUCAACUAAAACUAUUCAUUGGUGAUUCAAUUCAUUUAUAAUAAUAAUGAAUAGAAGACCAUCAGGAUUUUCAAAACCUCCAAUAAUUGGUUCAAGAUCUGUUUUAAUUGCUAUCGAUGGUUCUGAACAUUCAAAAAAAGCAUUUCAAUAUUAUUUAAAAUGGUUACAAAGACCAGAUGAUACAAUAACAAUUUAUCAUGCUGUAGAACCAGUCUCAUUACCAACUAUAUCAUUAUCAAAUCCAAUUAGUAUACCAAGUGAUGAAUGGUCAAAUAUUGUUGAAGUCAAUGUAAAACGUGUACGUGAAUUAGAACAAGAUUAUAGUACAGAUUGUUUAGCACAUAAUUUAACUUAUCAAUUUUUAUAUGAAUCAGUCAAUCAUAUUGGUGAAUCAAUUAUAAAAAAAGCGGAACAAAUCAAUGCAUGUUUAAUUAUUAUUGGUAGUCGUGGAUUAGGUGCUAUAAAACGUACCAUUAUGGGUAGUGUUAGUGAUUAUGUUGUACAUCAUGCUAAUACAACAAUUUGUGUUGUACCAUGGAUUGAUGAAAUUUCACAAAAUACAUCAUAAUUCAUUAACUUAUUUUACCAUAAUCAAAUAUUUAGUAAAUAUAGAUAUAUACAUAUAUGUAUACAGAUAUUACGUAAUCAACAUGUAUAUGAUAUAAGGGUUUGUUAUAUUCUCUCUGUGUGUAUGUGUGUGUGUAACUCAUCGAUUUCUUUUUGUCAUGGAAACUAUUUUGAAUUGAAUUUUUGUUGUUGUAGAAACUACAAUCUAGUUGUGUUUUUUUCCCACUUUGUUUGUAUGUCAUAUAGUAAAGUAUAUAUAUACAUAUAUAUUUCUUUAUAUUUGCGCCAUAACAUUCUGAUUACAUUUUGGAAUAAUGAUUCUAGUCCCAUGAAGUCAUUCUUUUCUUUUCCAAAAAAGAAUGAUACAUACAUAGAGAGCGAGCAAGAGAGAGGGAAUGAUUGAAAUGUUCAAUGGAAAAUGUUUUCAUUAUUUACUACUUUUUCUACUCAUUUCACUGUUAUCAUUUGAAUCUUCACUUAACACAAGUAAAUAUAAUUAGUAGAACAUCAUUA